AUGGUACCGGACCGGAUCUGUCAGAUGCUACCUCAGGUGAUCAACGAAAAAGUGAAUCCGCUACUCGCCCGCAUACCGCAAUCAAUUCCAUUCAGUCAAAUAGCAUCCAUAAUGUCUGGGCUUCUUGGCCCCUCUGCGCCUGCCUAUUGCUAUUCGCCACAGUGCCAGAUAACCACAACCACACCGCCACCACCACCACUGCCACCGCUGCCAUCCGACACGGGUUCUGCUGCAGGGCCACCAAACAAUCCGCCGGCGCCGGUGUUUGAUCAGGACGCCGGCGCAGGAGCUGCUCCUUCCGGAAACGGAGGUGCAGUAGCGCCCUCACAACAAGUGGCGCCGCCACCUCAACCGCAACCUCAAGCUGCACCGCAACCUCAGCCGCAACCGCAAGCAGCGGCCGUUCAACCAAAUUAUCAACAAAGUGCCGGUUCUGGUGGCACAUGGUCUCAAGCAGCUUCUGUUAAUGGUAACACUGGUGGUACUGCGAGUGUAAGCGGAGGUCAGGCGCCUGGUGCUGCUAGUGUUUCUGGAACUUCUGAUGGCGUGCAGCCUAGUGGUUACGGUAAUCGAAAGCGAACUGUUGCAUCUGGACAACCUCUUCGGAAGGUUUGUUCUCAUCUACAUUCACAUUUACAUUUUAUUCAAUCGCCGAACAAGACACAUAUAUACUUACAUACACACAUAUCAUGCGCUUGGUACGUAAAAGAAACAUAAAA